AUGGCCAGUGCCAAGUCCCUUACCGUUUCACAUCCCAUCGACCCCGCCCUGCAUCCCGUAGAAACUGGGAACUACCGGGUUGCAACCGCGGCGAUCCAAUCGUUCUACGACCUCAUUCAGCGAUGCCUUCGAUACCGCAUCACUGGUGCCUUGGUUUACGGACCAUCACGAAUUGGCAAGACGCGCUCAAUCGAGUAUCUCCGGCUGCUCUUGUCCGAGACAGAUCCGAAGAUCACCACCUAUCAUGCGCAGGCCGAACAUAAGCCCCGGCACGCCGAGGGCCCUUUCUUCGCGAAUCUGCUGCAAGCCGUCGGCUUCCCAGAUCCCGAUGGCGGCACGAACCCAACCAAGCGUCUUCGGCUCAUCAACAAGAUUCGCGAAUCCUGUGCUCGAAACGGCAGCGGCACCGUAGUGCUGUUCUGUGACGAAGCGCAACGCUACACCGAGAACGAAUACGAAUGGCUGCGCGACGUCCAUGAUCAACUCGAUCGCCUGCAUAUUCGCCUUUUUACGUUUCUGGUCGGACAACAAGAGCUUCGCUCGGUCAAGACUGCCUUCCAGCAAGCCCGUAAGACGCAGAUCGUCGCACGUCUGAUGGUGGAAGAGUUGGCGUUUUUUGGAGUGCGCAACUUACGGGAUGUUGCGACCUGCCUGCAUGGUUACGACUCGACCGCAUAUCCUCGUGGGGGUGAAUGGAGUUUUACCCGGUUCUACUUGCCGAACGCCGUCGCAGGCGGCUACCGCCUGGUCGAUGAUGCCCAGACACUUUGGGAGAACUUUGAGCAUAUUCAUCAACAACAUGGUUUGCCUGGUGAGCUGCAAAUACCAAUGGAUUCCUUUGCGCGUGCUGUUGAGAUCGUUUUGAAGGAAGGAAACGGAUUGGAUGGUAGCGGUAACUCUCCCGAUCCUGCCAUCUGGCGAGCGGCGGUGCAGAACUGUGGCUAUACGCAGGCCCGCCAGGCGCUCAGUGAGGUCCUCACGCCCGCGAUGAGCUGA